GGGGAGACUGGUGCGACUGUCACGUGAUUAAGCAUAUCAACAGCAACGUGUGUCUAUUUGAAAUCAACUCGAAGCCAUCAAGAAAUUGUCAAGAAAAACACGGAAGUGGAAGACAUAAUUUCGACGGAAGAUGUUACGGUCCGUGAAGAUCCAAGAUCUAAACUCUCACAUUGUGUGCGUGUUAUGUGGUGGAUAUUUAGUGGAUGCUACAACUAUUGUCGAGUGCCUGCAUUCUUUUUGUCGCAGCUGCAUUGUAAAAUAUCUCCAAGCAUCUUAUCACUGUCCUGUUUGUGAUGUUGAAGUCCACAAGACUAAACCACUGCUAAAUAUCAGGCCAGACCGAACUCUCCAAGAAAUUGUCUUUAAACUCGUUCCUGGGCUGUAUCAAGCUGAGCUCAAGCUUAGAAAUGAAUUCGAAGAAAAGCAACGAGAAGAGAACAAGCCGCCAGAGGAAAACGAGGCCGUGAAUGAAGUCACGGAGAAAAAAGAGAUUGAAAUGGAUGAUCCAGUUUUCAUCACUCUGGAAUACUACAGGAGCAAGAGAAACUGGUCGGAAAUUCAGGUUUUUCCUCCUCGUUAUCUACGAUGCCCUUCUGCGGUGACUGUUGAUGUGCUGAAAAAAUUCCUUGUAGCCAAGUUCGCCAUACCUAACACGCAUCAGGUUGCAAUGAUCCGUAGUGAUGAAAUACUAGACGAUCACCUGACCAUGAGAGAAGUUUCCCGGAUGUACGGGCUAUACGCUAAGUCCUUUCUUGAUCUAGAGUAUGCUAUCCUGGAACACUCGACAACAGAAGAACCCUCUAUACCAAACAGAGUAAAAUUAGACAUCUCUCCAUGGAAAAAGAUCAAGAUUAAGAAGACGAAAAAGAGAAAUAAGAAACUUAAAGAAAUGACGGAAAGAGAACUCUUACCAAGAAACGAAACUGUUACUGAAUCGAAAAGCAAAGUACCAAGUUUACAAAAUAGUGUCGAUGGACUCUUUUUGCAAAAUGGAAAAACACCAACCUUUCCCUAUGCACCCCCGAAUGUUGAUGACAUGCCAGCCUUGAAACAGAUAAAUGCGCCCGUAUGACGUCACACGAGGAGCACGUGAUCACUGAGUGUCAUGAAUCGACAGAUCGGUACGCACGAGGGUACACGUCCCUGCAACUAGUUUCCGACAACUUCCCCGUCAAUUCAAGGAGUUCAAGGGGUGUUCCAAGCGUUUAGUUUGUACACGGGGUGCGUCAGCUCAGUGAGAUGUAAAUAAAGGCGACGAGGAAGGAACACCAGAAAGGCUUUUUUUUUUUAAAAAAACAGGAUCACAAGCGUCUUCUUAUAUUCCCCUCUUGUAUUUCUUUAUUAUCGCUCUCUAUUUUCUGCCGUAAUUAUUGUGUCCUAACUAAAUAAAAUCGUGAUACUGGUAAAGAGUUCUGAAAAAAUCCCAUCGUUUCGGCUAAGAAGUCUAGCCUUUACCAAGGGAUAGUGAUAAAGAAAAAUUUGCUAAAAGCACAUAGUAUAUGGAGAAAUGAAAAUUUGAACAAUUUC